GCUGGGAGUCUCCGACACAAAACCGACCGCCACUUGCAUUUUCACUGUGACAUUGUCAUGGCCAUCAAAGGGUAACUUGGCCGAAACAUUGUUCACGAGAUGUUGACACCGUCGCGAGGGGAGACCUGGAUGCUGAAGCAGGCCUGCCGCAUUUGGCCCUCUGAAACAAGAUCGGCACUAGAAUCGGGCUUGGCUUAGCCGGCUGCAGGAACAGCCGCCUUUCCCGCAACGACCGUGGGCCAUAUUUACAUGUCAAAACAAUCAUGGCACCGAUCUAACGAGGACCAUUGCCUUCUAAUGCACUCUCUUUUGAAAACACACACAGAGCUCCCAUGUGCAUGAUAUUGGCACAUCACUUCUCGGUCGCCUAAUCCAUCGUCACUAACAUCAUCAGCACCACACAGUCUGCGUAACCCACUCGCUCGCAAACAACUCCAAUGGCCACUGCAGGCUUACCGAACAGGUUCCCAUGCUGGUGCCGCGCGACAUACUCAUGGGGUGGCGAGACGAAGAAAGAUCUCGGCUUCAUUGAGGGUGAUCUCAUCGAAGCACUCAAUGCUGGCGAUGGCUCCUGGUGGAUGGGCCGCCUUCGUCGGGACCGUCGAGCAAUCGGUCUCUUCCCGAGCAACUUCGUCAAAGUGCUAGACGAAAGCUUUCAGCCAGCGCCAAACAGCAGGAAUGCCUCACCCAUGCCCGCCAACCAGACAAAGAGCGCACCGUCCUCGAAACCCAAGUUCAAACCAUAUGCGUCGAUGAAGACCACACAGGCGCCUAUGGGCACGCUUAAGAGCCAGGGCAGUCAAGGCCAGAUAUCGUCCGAAGAUAGUACGCCACGGAUCCCGCAGCCAGUGCCAAGAGGAUACGACUCAAGGCGACUAUCGCGAUCUCCAAGUGUUCAGCCACCUUUAAGAGCUGCUGCAUCACCUUCACCCACGCCAACGCCCCGGUAUGCGGCGCCGCCGGGUGCCACGAUGCACAGAGCAGCCUCGCCACAGCCUGUCUAUCGUGCUCCAUCGCCGGCUGCCUCGAUGUACAGAGCAGCCUCGCCACAGCCUGCCUCUCGUGCUCAGUCGCCGGCACGACCGAGAUCUCGCUCCCCACUGCCUGCUACAUACCAUGAUGGCUCGGCGUACCCACAACUGCUGCCAACCUCGAGACAGCCGUCGCCGUCGCCUUCGUUUGGCGAUCAGCGGCCAUGGAGACCUACAAGCCCACAGCCAGAUGGUAUGGACUUGGGAAUGGAAGUGGAGUCGCCGCCGCCUCCACCGCCGCCAGCACACCGAGUUGUGUAUCAGCCAAGUAGAGCGCCUUCGGUGGUCAACAACUACAGAGAUGUGGAUACCAGUCGCCACGCGAAUCGUACACCCAUCUCCGUAUCACCUGCCGGAAGCCACAUGACACCGUCUCCUCUUCGCGAUGCGAUGAAUGACGUGAUGUCCUCUCUCGAAGACAUGAGCGUAGUUCAGGAGUAUGACGGACCUCCCACACCGGAUGUUUGGUCGCCGGAAGAGUAUGAGCUAGUACGAACCGGAUCGCAGCAGCGCGCUCAGUCCUCCCUUGGGUUCACCGCGCCGUAUGCACGUGGUCUGAAUGGCGCUCAAACCCAAAACGGCGCACUGCCGCCGCAUUCGCGAGACGGACCACCGGAGCUUGCGAGCUAUGUGCAGCGCAUGGAACGGGAGCUCCAUACUCAAUCGGCUACGUCUCGACCAGCCACAUCCAGCAGCCACUCAAGUCACAGUUCAUCUGCUCGCUCGCUGCAUUCGCAGACACAACAUCCGACAACCAAACACAGGAAGUCCACAUACGAGCUAGGUCGUGAGCGCCUCAACCGCUCUUACACCACCAAGACAAACGCAACGAAUUCGACGAACUCUUCUUCAGCGACACAAAGCAGCACGAGCACUCAGCUUACAAGCCACAGCAUCAUGUCCGGCUACUCUGCUGGUGGCUUCAGCGCCACGAGCGCAGGAAGUCUGGCGCGCCGAAAGUUCGGUCUUGGCAGUCAGCGCCAGAAGCGACCCUUCAGCGUGGUUCACACGAAGUCUAUGGGUGACAUUGGAUCCAGUGCGCGAAGCAUGGCUGGAACCGAGAGCACAUUCUCCGGACCAAGCUAUCAUGAGAGUCACGCAUCUCAGCAUCAGCCUGCAAUCACACCGGUAGCGGAUUGGACUAAAGACCCUAUGGAGACGGCAGGUGUGCUUGGCGGCUUAAGUUCCCCGAAGGUGAAGAGGUCUGGUUUCUUCAAGAAGAUGCUCGAGUCCGCGAAGUCCACUGCCAGAACUGGUGCAGCGACGGCUCGCUCAACCAUCGGCAGUGCCACUGGGAGCAGGCCGGGCAGUCGUGCAGGCAGUCCAACGAAGAGCCUCUUGUCAAACGGAAUUGGGUCUAUGGCGUUCGCGGGAGGUACUGCCUCCAGGCCUGACUCAGCAUUAGGCGGAAGCUCUGCUGCUCGAGAGAUGGGUCUCGGAGGAGGCGAGUGGAUGCACGUCAGGCGCGAUGUCAACCGCUCGAACUCCCUCAGCCGCAGAGAGCGCGAGGAGCGUGCUGAACGUUCCGAUAUGCUGGGCCUGCCCGCCCUGAACCCUAUCGACCUUCUCAAUGAACUCACUGAAGGCGACGAAGGCUUGGAUGGAUUGGCUAUCGAUGAGCCCACCAACUUCGAUACGCCGAAUUUAGCUUUGGUGGACAAGAGCACACGCUUCAUACAAAGUGUGCCGCCUAUGAUAUCAGCAGCCGCACUUGCUCAAAGCUAUGUAUGUCGGCCUCAUCGUAGCGAUGUGCAACGCCUGCGUGCCAUCUUCACAUGGGUGUCAGAACGCAUCACGUGGGAAGAAGAUUUCGAAGGCGACGUCGACACUAGGCGUGUCAUCUCAGCCAAGCGUGGAUGCAAUAGAGAGAUUGCUGCGCUCGUGCAGGAGAUGUGUACGGCUCUUGGCUUGUAUGCCGAAGAAGUUCAUGGCUAUCUCAAGGCGCCGGGCGAAGUCCUGGACCUCGACACGGUGGCUCGUGCGAAUCAUUGGUGGAACGCUGUCAUUGUGGACGGAGAGUGGCGUAUCAUGGACUGCUCGCUAGCCAACCCGACGAAUCCGCGCCGCAGCGCUUACAGCGCAGCCAGUAGCCAGACUGCGGAGCCGUGGUACUUCCUCGCUCGCCCGCGCGAGAUCUGCUACACUCACAUCCCUCUGUUGCCGGAGCAGCAGCACAUCGUACCGCCCUUGGAUCACGAGGUCUUGGUUAGCCUGCCUUGCGCAUGCCCGGCGUACUUCAGGAAUGGCAUUGAGCUUGCCAACUUCAGCACCAGCGUGCUGCACUUGGAAAACUUGGAGAUGGCACACUUACACAUCACCGUACCGGAGGAUAUCGAGUGCGUCGCCGAGACAGAAGCUCGCGCUUUCGCCAGAGACCCAGAGGGCGACCUCUUCGAGAGCGGCGACGUGGUGAAGAAGCCUGUCUUCGCACAGACAGAAUGGGUCGCCGGCCACAAACGCUUCACCAUCAAAGCGCUGCUCCCGAGUGACGAGGGCCAGGGCAUGCUGAAGGUAUACGCCGGCAAGCGUGGGCUCAUGCACUCCAUCAAGGACAACCCCCACGCCCUGGCCGUGGCCUUCCCACUGUCGCACACAGGCCAGAACCCACCCUACGACUUUCACGCGCGACACCCGACACCGCACGCCCAGCGCCACGACCUCUACGUCGCGCAGCCGCAAUGCAGCAGACUAACCAUCAACAACACCUUCGUCUUCUGCGUGCGCCAGCAUCCCUCCUCUCUAUCCCGCUUCACGCCAGACACCUGGGGGACGGGCUCGAACGGUAGACCCGUGAGCCCGCAGCCGCAGAUCAGACCCAGCAGUGCCAUGAGCAUGGUUUCUGCAAGCAUGUCGCAGUCCGGCUCCGAUUACUCCUCGAACGCUGGUGGCAUGACCGGUGCUCAGCAAAAGCCGGCGAAGCUGGCUAUCCAGACGCCGAGUCAGAAGAUCAUUCGCUUGACGCGGAAGCAGGAGCAUACUUCGAGACCGAAUGGAGCGGAAGAUGAUGGGUUGACGACGUCGUGGGAGACUGUUAUCAAAAUCGGUGAACGUGGCACGUGGCGUGGUUUGGUGCUGGCGGACCGCAGUGCGAGGUGGUGUGUCUUUGCUGAGUGGGAGUGCGUGUAGUCGAGAAGGGUUUGUCUUGUAUGAGUAGAAGGGCAGCAGUAAACGGAGGCAUGAGUUGACGUACACUGCAUAAUGCGUUUGAAAUGCGUUUUCAGCGACCAGUUUCUGAAGAACCUUCCAGCAAUACAACCUUCAUUGCACAGGGGAAAGUCGCCGUCACAGCCACUUUCGAGGUCGUGAAAUUGAUAGGCGUGGA